UGACAAUACCAAAAUUUUAAACUGACGUUGCUAACAUAUACUUUCAGCAAAAUGGAGGAAACACGCCAGGAAUUUAUUCUUAUUCCUGAAAGAGAAUAUGCAUCACUAUCUGAAAAACAAACAAAGGACUAUCUGCUCAAAUGGUUUCAUAAGUUUAAAAUGGUGUGUAAUUCUCUGUUAGGUCCAUGAAAGGUCGACUUAAAGUAGUGACAUUCACCUUCGACCACAUGUUUGUACCUUAUAAGGCCGACGAUUUCUUCUCGGUAAGCGCCUGUCAUUGGUUUUACUGCCAGUACGCUAGAGAUUCUUUAACACACCCUUAAUACAAAAAGUCCUAUCUGUUCCUUCGACCAAACUUAACGUCACCAUCAAAAGUGUUAGAUGUACUCUUACGAACAUGAAUAUUUUCCACAAGCUAUCAAACCUGACUUAUGAAUGCGGAAGAAUCAGAAAACGUAUGGAUGAAGUGUAUGAAACAAUCCUUAUAUCUGAUAAGCUAAGAGAAUGCUUGUUGCUUGAAGAUUCCGAUGAUUAUUCUAUUUUUUCAGAAAAAGAAAGAGAAGAAUUUUUGUUUCGUUUGUUCAAACACCUUUGCAUUGGAGGCGAGGUCUGUCAGCAAGAAGAUGUCAUAAAGCCAUAUAUCGAUACAGCAAGAAAAAUUUAUCGUGAUGUGAUAAGUGUGCAGAAAAAUCCUGUUUCAAAGCUUAUUGAAAUCAUCUCUUAUGUCUAUGAAGUUCAAGCACACGAUGGUGAGAAUAUGGUAUUUCCGUCAAAUGAAGAACAUGUGAAUACCUUUGCUUAUGGAAUUGUGGAUCCAUUAAAAAGGAACUUAAUUAUACUGUAUCAUACCUUUGGUUAUGGAGAACUGUCUUGAUGUAAAGAAUAACAAUGUUUAUGUUAAGUUGACUGAUGGUUGAAUAAAGUAAAUCAGCUUAUAAU